CUGCACCUGUGACCUACAGCACAGCUCACUGGUGACGCUGGAUCCUUAACCCACUGAGCAAGGUCAGGGAUCCUCAUCCUCAGGCACCCACAUCCUCCUAGAUACUAGCAGGGUUCAUUACCAGUGACCAACAAGAGGAAUUCCCUAGAAACUAUUUUUAAUCUCCAUUUUAUAAAUGGGAACAUUAAGGCACAGAUCAUUUAGGUUACUUUUGCCCAGUCACACAGCUAAUAAAAUGUGAAGCAAAAAAUUUGUAUUCAAACAGCUGCAGCUCAUAAACACAAAACAGAAGUCUCUCUUUAGGUGGCGCACUCAAUACAAAGCUAGGUACAUAAUAACCAUUCAAUUAUUUUUACAUAAACAAAUAAAAGUAGACAAGAGUCUGGCACUCAGCUCUCAACGUUAAACCUUAUCUCUUUUUCUACACUUUUCAGUUCAUUUACUCUUCUCCCUAUUACCAUGGAUCACCUGGCUUUUUCUCAAACCACCCUUUCAAAUCAGAGCCUCUUGGCUACUCUCUUCCUGUAACUGCAUUCCAUCCUGGGCUCAACUCAAAUUUCUAAAUAUUUCCAGGGCUUUAAAACGUCAGUGUAAGCUGUAUUCCAAUUUUUAAUUUUGAUUAGGGAAGAGCAUCCUAAAAACAAAAUAGUUUCCAAUUUAACCAAGCCCCAAUGCAAGUUUCAUUUUUAAAUUAUGUCAUUUAUUUAUCAUGUAUUAUGCUCAGUCGGAUAGAGAUUCUUCUAAAAGUCACAUAUUUACACUUUAUAAUUUUAAAUAAACCCUGUACUGGGAUAACUACCAGAAGUGAAUGCUAUGCUAGGGAGCGUUCAAAAAAUAUCAAUGAGGACAAAAAGGCUUCUUGUGGGACUGUGAGCUCGCUGAGGUAGCUCCUGGCCCCUUGGGAUUGUCAAAGAAACCUUGUCCAUCGGACUGGCCUGGACACAGGAGCGUGUUUGGUGGGUACAUGAAGUCGCUGUGGCCCGAAGGGACACCAAGCCACGCCCCGCGGCCGGGAGUCACCCGGAAGCCCAGGUACACCUCGGGGCCCCAGGAGCUGAGCCAGACAAGACUCCUCUCUUCCUAAUCAAGAGUUCCGAACUCUGCAGGUCUUGGAGCUGCCUACGUUAGUGCCAUUGCUGUAGAAAAUACCAUGAAUAGACUGGUGGCAGAGACCUUGACACUGCUCUCCAUUCAUCGAACUCUGCUGAUAGGCGAUGGGAACUUGAUGAUUUCAACUCCUGUACAUACAAAUCACCAACUAUGCAUUGAAGAAGUCUUUCAGGGAAUAGACACGUUGAAGAAUCAAACUGCACGAGGGGAUGCCGUGGAAAAACUAUUCCAAAACUUGUCUUUAAUAAAAGAAUAUAUAGACCGCCAAAAAAAAAAUUGUGGAGGGGAAAGAUGGAGAGUAACGCAAUUCCUGGACUACUUGCAAGUUUUUCUUGGUGUGAUAAAUACCGAGUGGACAAUGGAAAGUUAAGACCAAACUGUCUUACCGAAGCAAAAGAUUUUUGAGGAGGAAAAGGAUGUUUUUACUUCAACAAGAGUGAAGGCCAACCAAGGGGGGGGCCUUAAUGUGCAGUGUAAUUAAACUUCAAAGUCAAAGUAAAUAUUUCAGGCAUACUGCUACUGUAUCACCUCACAAGGCAGAAAGCAUAAACUUUUUGAGAUAUAUUUCAGACAUCAGAAUCACUGAAGUAUUUUCUACCAGUUUGCUCUGGUAAAAUAGACAAAUACUUUUAUCUAUAUUAUUUAAUGUAAUGUCUGUUAACUUAUUAUUUAUGAAAUGAUUGAGAAUUUGGAAAGUUAAUAUUUAUUUCUUCUUAGGCUGUGUUCCAAUAAAACAAAAACAGACAACUGUA